AAGCAAGGCAUCGAAUCUCCUCACACAGCCAACGUCCCCCCGGUAAUUCGGCCAUAGAAUACUGAUAAUCAUGGCAAAUGGCUGGGCUCCACUCAUCGGUUUGAUCGUGGUCGCUGUCUUCUGCGCCGGCGCCUGGUUUGGCACACCCAAGGGAGAGAACCAGACUGUCUGGCGGUCAACACUUCUUCUCUCGGCGGUUUCAAUGUACCUAAUGUGGGCCAUAACCUUCCUCGCACAACUACAUCCCCUCAUCUCUCCAAUCCGGUACGAUAUCCGAGCCGAUGACGAGCUUCACCGGCUUUAGUCCCACAAGGAGGAAGCCUAGCGCAUGGGAAGCAUGGGGGGAGGGGCGACAGGAUAACCAGAAGAAGCAACACUCAGCAUAGUUUGGGAUUUCGAAGGCUGAAGUGCUCGCUGUACAUUUAAGGCGCGCUCUGGCUGGAUUUUUACCAACAAUACGGGGUUUGAGGGAGCCCAUUUGGAUUCUCUAGAUUAGACGCGAUUGUACUAUGGACUGAUGGGCUGGGAGUUCAUCUAGGCUUGAGAAGGAUGCACAUGUACAUUGAUCGACCAUAAUUCAUUACCUUCACAUUCGC